AUGAAACUGGUACUUUCUAACCCCGGUCUGGAUCAUAGGAUCCCUACCUUGGAAGAUCUUAAGGAAAUGGACGAGGGGGAAGCAGGCGACAGGCCCAAAUGGGACAACAAAGCCCAGUAUAUCCUUACCUGUGUGGGCUUCUGCAUUGGGAUUGGCAACGUGUGGCGCUUCCCUUACCUGUGUCAAAGCCAUGGAGGAGGUGCUUUUUUGAUUCCCUACUUGAUCCUGCUGGUGCUGGAGGGAAUGCCUCUCUUACUGCUGGAAUUUGCGAUUGGCCAGCGUCUCAGGAAAGGCAGUGUGGGAGUUUGGAGGGCCAUCCACCCUAAUUUGACUGGUAUUGGAAUAGCCUCUAUGCUGGUGUCCUUAUUGAUCGGACUGUACUACAACACCUUAAUAGCCUGGAUCUUGUGGUAUCUCUUCAAUUCCUUUCAAAACCCACUGCCGUGGUCCCAGUGCCCUCUCAAUGAAAAUGGGACAGGCUUUGUCCCAGAGUGUCAGAGGAGCUCAACUAUGGAUUACUACUUUUACAGAGUGACUCUGAAUACUUCAACCUCUAUAGCCGACUCUGGUGGGAUUCAAUGGCCCAUGGUAGUCUGCCUGCUAGCUGCCUGGACGGUCAUCUGUAUCUGCUACAUACGGGGGAUCAGCACCUCAGGCAAAGCGGUGUACGUCACAGCCAUCCUGCCCUACAUCGUGCUGGCCAUCUUCCUUAUCCGAGGGCUGACUCUUAAAGGUGCCACGAGUGGACUAAAACACCUCUUUACACCUGAUGUUGCAGAGUUGACAAAACCAAACACUUGGCUGGAUGCAGGUGCCCAAGUGUUUUACGCCUUUAGCUUAGCAUGGGGAGGGCUUAUCUCCUUCUCAAGCUACAACCCUAUUCACAACAACUGUUUGAAAGAUGCUGUGAUGCUCACGGGUGUAACUGGCUUCACUUCAGUCUAUGCUGCCACAGUCACCUACACCAUCAUUGGCUUCAGGGCCACAGAGAAAUAUGACAACUGUAUCAGCAAUAACAUCAUGACAUUAUUAAAUGCAUUUGACCUUCCUGAAGACAGUAUCACUGCGAGCAACUAUAAGGAAGCCUUUACUUAUUACAACACCACAUAUCCUGAUAUUGUUCUCGGACUGGACAUCCCAGCAUGUGACAUGCAGAAACUUCUCAGUGAGGGAGUGGAGGGGACUGGUCUGGCCUUCAUUGUGUUCACAGAGGCUAUCACUAAGAUGCCCGGCUCUCCAGCCUGGUCUGUCCUCUUUUUCAUCAUGCUUUUUUGUUUGGGAGUCUCCAGCCUGAUCGGUAACAUUGAAGGAGUGGUGGUCCCACUAAAAGAUCUAAAACUGUUACCCCAAAAAUGGCCCCAAGAAGCUCUAACUGGAAUAACCUGUGUUGUCGCCUUCAUCCUCUCCCUCCUGUUUGCACAACACUCUGGGUUUUACUGGGUAACGCUCUUCGACACGUUUGCAGGAUCUGUUCCACUUCUGACUAUCGGAUUGUUUGAGAUGCUCGCUGUUGUCUACAUUUAUGGCAUAGACAGGUUCAACGAGGACAUCAAGUUCAUGAUUGGAUAUAAGCCCUCCAUCUUCUGGCAGGUUUCCUGGAGGUUGAUCAGCCCUCUGGUCGUUGUGGUGAUUUUAGUUUUCUACCUGGUCACACAAGGGCAAGAGGAGCUCACCUACUUAGUCUGGGAUCCAGAACAUAUCAAGUUUCCAACUCUGGCGUCCGUACCUUACCCUUCAUGGGUCAACGCCGUCAUCUUCCUCUUGGCGGGAGUCCCCAGUCUGGCAGCACCUGUGUAUGCUUUAUGCAGGUUCAUCUUCGUUUGCUGCAAAGACAAAAUGAAAUCCAGGGAAAAGCUUAAACAGAUUUCUUAAGUUCAACAACAUUAAAUUAAGAACAUAAAACAUUGUUUUUUUGUUGUGUUGCUGUACAAAAAAAUCGUAUUGUUUACCAAUCUCCUCAUCAAAAAUGUAUUUUUCUAAAUGUGUUUCUAAAUCUCCUACCUUCACAGAACUGACUUUUAUAUUUGUCCCAGUUCAUACCUAAAACCUCUGAAAGCUAAUCUCUGUCUAAGCUAAGAGAGGAAAAGAAACCAGGAGAGAGCACAUGUGAUAAACAAGGAACAAGA